UGUUUGCAUUUGUUCUCUUUUUCGAACACUGAAAUGAUAUGAAAUAUCCCAAACCAAUUCAGUUGAACGAACAAUCCCUUUUUUCACAACUUCGCGCUGAAAAAUUGAUUCCAUAAAAAUCUACAUUGAAGUUAAAACGAGUCUUAUUACAAACAAUAGGUUCCAGACAAUCCAGACCAACUUUUGAUUCGCAACAGAAAAUCGUAAAUGGUGGGAACUUAAAACUACUUUAUUUCCUCACGAUGUCAGUAUUGCGCAUGAUUCGGCUGAUGUUGGUUCGAAGACGCAAUUUGUGCACUUGGCUAAUAGCAGCUGCAGUAAUCUACACAACAUGCCAACUUCUUCAAAAACCAAAAGACAGACACUCCAAUGACAUCUCUGUUCACCUCCGCGGGAACCAGAAGCGUAAUAGAAAUCAUGCGAGAGGGGACUACAAAAGCGUAGAUGAAAGAAGUAGGACUUUGGACUAUAAAGGUGUGAACAUCUUGGUUACGGAGGGGGAGUCUUCAGUAUUUCCUCGUCAGUGGGAAGUGGGGAUGAGAGACCCGUUUUAUAAUUUAACAAUGGCUGGAACCGACAACAGUCCAGGCCAAAAUGGGGCUGGCGUAAUGCACCUUGGGGCUGUUGAGAAAGAAGAGGCGGAGAGGAGAUUCAAAGAGCACAACUUCGACAUAGUGGCCAGUGACAAGAUCCCACUGGACAGACGGGUGAGGGAUUUCAGACACCAGGAUUGCAGCAACAUCACUUACGACAAAGAUUUGCCCUCUACUUCGAUAAUAGUGAUCUUCUUCAAUGAAGCACCUUCUGUUCUCUUGCGAACUGUCACCAGUCUUCUCAUCAGGACGCCACUCAAGUACCUAAACGAAAUCAUUUUGGUGGACGACCACAGCGAUCAUACUUACAUCAAGGACACCCUUCCUUCCGCGGUCAAGUUCCUAUUCCCUUCCAUGGUCAAACUAACUCGGAACAGUCGACGCCUCGGGCUCAUCAAAGCAAGAAUGGCUGGCAGCGACAAGGCCACAGGGGAUGUCUUGGUCUUCUUCGAUUCCCACGUCGAGGUGGGUCCGGGAUGGCUGGAACCUCUUCUACACCGUAUCAAGCAGGACUAUAGGGUGAUUGCGGCUCCAGCUCAUGAUACUAUCGUGGACAAAGGCUUCGAGUUCUCAGGUAAUCCAACCACUGAUAGCCAAGGGACUUUUGGAUGGGACUUACUGCAACGCUGGCGAGCCCUACCCGAUCGUGAACGGAAACUAUUAAAAACAAAAGCAGAUCCUGUCAGGAUGCCAACGAUAUCAGGUUGUCUUUUCUCUAUCUCCAGACGAUGGUGGGAAGAGUUGGGUAGAUUCGAUCCCGGGUACGAAGUUUGGGGCGCUGAAAAUCUAGAACUUUCGUUCAAAACGUGGAUGUGCGGUGGACGUCUCGAAAUUAUACCUUGCUCACAUGUUUGUCAUCUAUUCCGUAGGGGUUCCCCGCAUAAAUCGCACAUUGACAACUAUUUAUCGAUAAACCAGAAACGCUUGGCCGAUGUUUGGUUAGACGAAUACAAAGAGAUUGUUUACUUGCGACAUCCUGAGCUAGUUAGUCUUGAUGCUGGAGAUAUUUCGGAGAGAAUUGAGUUGCGUAAGAGACUCCAAUGCCAUCCGUUUAAAUGGUAUUUAGAAAAUUUACUUCCUGAUUUGUAUGUGCCAUCUGUUAAACUUCAAGCAGGUGGUGGCUUAAGGACACUUAGUGGUCUGUGCGUCGAUACCAUGCAAAAGGACUCCGGCAUUGCUCAGUUGUACCCGAUAUGUCAUUUUAAGAGUACCCAAAACUUCCAUCUGACAGACGCAAACGAGAUUCGAGGCACUGUUGAGGUCUGUUUGGAAUCCGAUCAAAAACACAACCGAGUUCUGCUGUCUCAAUGCAGCGGAAAAGAAAGUCAAACUUGGAGUCACCCAGGACCAAAUUCGACCAUUCAAGCCAGAUCCAUUCGGUCAUCUAGCAUGUGCAUAACAAUCAAUGGAGACAACCUCGAGCUAGCGGACUGCAACCCAGACGAUGUCAAACAACGAUUCUACUUUCAGUAUUAUAUGAAUCAGGGGCUGAUCUAGGAUUUUCUCGAGAUGAAUUAAUACAGCCAAAAAAUGUAGUCAUGCUUUGGUCGUAGUGUAAUAUGAUGACUAAACGAGUUCUAAAAUAACAAUAACAUAAAAAAGGUUACUUAAUGAUGCCAUGUGGAAGUUUUAUAUAUUAUUUGUACAGACUGGUGUCUAAUUUACCUUGCUGUUAUUUAAGA